AUGAUGGAAAAGGAAGGAAAAAAACCCGAAAGGCAUAUGGAUAACAUUCUGAAAAUGUCUAUUCCUGUCAAAAGCAUGUCAGAGGUCUCGAGGCCUGGAAGUGCCGCAUUAGGAAAUACAGAUGCAAUGCGCGCGAGUUUACGAAAUUCUCGCAGGAGUUUCUCCGGCCAUGUGCGGCUGGUUCUACGUCUCGUGUAUGGGUUUAUUUCUGCGGUAAUUAUCGCCGGAUCUCCGCUUCGAGACCGGGUUUGUUUUCAAAUUACCGGAAAAGGUCAGGCAAAACAGAGUGAUGUAUGGGUGAUCCCAGCAAUGCCUGUUUAUGUUUCUCCGUUUCAGGAAGCUUGUUUUGUUUUUUCCCCGUCAGCGAUGGUGACGUAA